GUCCCUCCCCGGUACCACGGCAACGGAGGCGGCGCGGCGGCGGGGAGGGGGGGAGGCGGCUCCGCGCGGCACCGGGGCACGAGCCCGCCCGGGGCCCCGCCGCGGCGGCCCCGUCAGCGGCCCCGAGCCCGCUCCGGUGCCCACGGGCGGCGGCGGGGCCGCGGGUCCGUGUCGGUGCGUGCGUGUGCGCUGCCCGCCCGCCGCGGGGGGAGAAAGGGGGGAGCCCGGCCUCCUUCCUCAUUUUGGGGCUGAGAAGACAGAUUUCCUUCGCCAGCUGCAGUUCUGCUCUUUUUUUUUUUUUUUUUUUUAAUUUGUCUUAUUUAUCAAACCCAGCCGCCAAGCCGGGCGCGGGGCCGCGCUGUGAAGCCGCGGGCUCCGCUCCCCGCACCGAUGGAGCCGCAUCCCCGGGAUCCCGGCCGCACCGCCUGGGCACUGCCCUGCCUGCUGCUGCUCGCCCUGCCCGGUGUGGGUGCCCAGGACUUCAGUGUGCACCAGCCCCAGGACAAGCUGUCGGUGGCAGCAGGAGAGACACUCACCCUGAACUGCACCACAUCUGGAAUGGUUAUAAUAGGUGGUGUGAGGUGGCUGAAGGGAUGGGGCAGUGGGAACAAGACCAUCUAUGACCAGAGAGAGAAGGAUCGCUAUCCCAGAGUGAUGAGAGCAGUGGAUGGGUCCGACUCAGACUUCACCAUCCACAUCAGGAACGUUCAGCCUGAGGACACGGGCACCUACUACUGUGUGAAAUUUCGCAAGAACGACAGUGGUGAGGAUGAGUUCUUUCAGCGUGGCAAUGGCACCGAGGUGUCUGUCCAUGCCAAACCCAGCCCCCUGUUCUUGUCUGGGCCUGAGCAGAGAAUGAGGCCAGAACAGUCAGCGUCGUUCUCCUGCACAACUGGAGGGUUCUUUCCAAAAGAGAUUGAGGUGAAAUGGUUCAUGAACAUGGUCCCCUUGAUGGCUCAGCAGCCCCAGAUCAGCGAAUGGAGAGGGAAAACCUACAACAUGUCCAGCACAGUGAUGGUGACCCUGCAGAAGGCUUAUGUCCACUCACAGCUCAUCUGUGAGGUGCAGCACUCCACGCUGCAGGACCCACUGCGUGGGAGCUACCAGCUCAGCAGAGUCCUGCAAGUUCCCCCCAGUGUCAAAGUGCAUGCUGAGCCGAGCCCUGUUGAGGUGAACAAGACCGUGACCUUCACCUGCCUCGUGAAGGAGUUUUACCCAGCAAAUGUGUCCAUUUCCUGGCUGGAGAAUGGGAUUGAAAUAAAGGUGCCUAACGUCUCCCAGCCAUCGGAGCUGCGCAGUGGCUUGUUCCAGCUGAGAAGCCAGGUGGAUGUGCAAGCGACGGAGGAGAAAAACGGGUCCACAAUCACCUGCAUGGUGGUGCACGAUGGCCAGGCCUCUACCAACACCUCAGCCUUCCUGUGGAUCUCCAACAUGGCCCAGGAGGAAUCAAGAAAGGGUUCCCCAAUAAAUAAGGAUGAUAUGGUCAUCUACAUUGUGGUGGGUGUGGUCUGCACCAUGCUGGCCGUGCUGGUGGCUGCCAUUCUGUACCUCAUCCGGACGAAACAGAUGAAGGGUAAAAGCUCGCCAUCUGCUAGGUUACAUGAGCCAGAGAAGAGCAGCGAGGCCACGACCCAGGAAUCCGACCCCAACAACCUGACCUACGCGGACCUGAACUUCGACAAGGAGAGGAAGACCAUCCGCCGGAUGGUGGAGAUGAGCCAGCAGUCGGAGUACGCCUGCAUCCAGACCAACCGGGCGCCCAACGGCGACGACAACCUCACCUACGCCGACCUGGACAUGGUGCACCUCAGCAAGGCACCCAAGCGGCCGGCCCCGCGCCCCGAGGAGGCCAGCUCGGAGUAUGCCAGCGUCCAGAUCACCAGGAAGUGAGCGAGCAGUGGCUGCUGGGACCCCUGUCCUGCAGGGAGCAGCUCUGCUCCUCCCUAAAACUGUUCUCCUGGAAGCACUGGGAGUGAUGUGAAGAUGCACUGCGGUACCUGUGUUUUAGGGUGGAAAUGGAGCCCGCAGUACUUGUGGGGGUCUUCUGCCAUCCAGAGAGACAUGAAUUUUGGGGGCAGUUUGGUCCUGGGGCUGCCAGCUCCAUUCCUUCAGGACCCCCAUCGGGGGUUGCUCAACCUCAGUGUGCCGGGUUUGCCCGCAAGCAGAUUCAGCCAGCGGA